CCGCGCCCUGCCCCCGGCAUGUGUGGCCGCUGGCGCUGGUGGCCGCCGCCGCGCCGGGGCUGAGCUGCGCGCGGGCUCGGGACGGUGCGCGCCAGCGGACGUGCGUGUGGCGCCGCCCGCGCCUCCCGCUCGCGCCCCGGGCCGCGGUGCAUGUUCGCCUCCUGCCGCUGUGUGCCGAGAGGCGGGCGGACCAUGAAGAUGAUCCACUUUCGGAGCUCCAGCAUCAAAUCGCUCCACCAGGAGAUGAAAUGCACCAUCCGGCUGCUGGACGAUUCCGAGAUCUCCUGCUACAUCCAGAGGGAGACCAAAGGACAGUUUCUCGUUGACCACAUCUGCAGCUACUACAGCCUGCUGGAGAAGGACUACUUCGGCAUUCGUUACGUGGAUCCAGAGAAGCAGCGGCACUGGCUUGACCCCAACAAGUCCAUCUCCAAGCAAAUGAAAUCUCAUCCACCAUAUACCAUGUGCUUUAGAGUGAAAUUCUACCCACACGAACCCUUGAAGAUUAAAGAAGAGCUCACAAGGUACCUUAUGUAUCUGCAAAUUAAAAGAGAUAUUUUCCAUGGACGGCUGCUUUGCUCCUUUUCAGAUGCUGCCUACCUGGGUGCCUGUAUUGUUCAAGCUGAACUUGGUGAUUACGACCCUGAUGAACAUCCUGAGAAUUACGUCAGUGAGUUUGAGAUUUUCCCCAAGCAGUCACAGAAGCUUGAACGAAAAAUAGCGGAAAUUCAUAGAAAUGAACUCAGAGGCCAGAGUCCCCCAGUUGCUGAAUUUAAUUUACUCCUGAAAGCUCACACUUUGGAAACCUAUGGAGUGGAUCCCCACCCAUGCAAGGAUUCAACAGGCACAACCACAUUUUUAGGGUUUACUGCUGCAGGUUUUGUGGUUUUUCAGGGAAAUAAGAGAAUCCAUUUGAUAAAAUGGCUGGAUGUCUGCAAAUUGAAGUUUGAAGGAAAGACAUUUUAUGUGAUUGGCACCCAGAAGGAGAAAAAAGCCAUGUUGGCAUUCCACACUUCAACACCAGCUGCCUGCAAACAUCUUUGGAAGUGUGGUGUAGAAAACCAAGCCUUUUAUAAGUAUGCAAAAUCCAGUCAGAUCAAGACUGUGUCCAGCAGCAAGAUAUUUUUUAAAGGAAGUAGAUUUCGAUAUAGUGGUAAAGUGGCAAAAGAGGUGGUAGAAGCAAGCUCCAAAAUCCAAAGGGAGCCCCCUGAGGUACACAGAGCCAGCAUGACUCAAAGCCGCAGUUCCCAUUCCUUGAAUAAGCAGCUCAUCAUUAACAUGGAGCCUCUGCAGCCACUGCUGCCUUCUCCCAAGGAGCAGGAAGAGGACGUUUCUCUGAGAGAGGGUGUUCCACUGUCCAAAGAAAACAACGUUUCUGCCCCCUUGACCUCCAGCUCUCCUGUGAAAGAGGCCCAGGAGUACGAAGAUCUCCCAAGCGAAGAGGAAGAUAAAAUGAAAGAAGAUCCCCUUACAAUCUCUGAACUGGUCUACAACCCAAGUGCCAGCCUGCUUCCCACCCCUGUUGAUGAUGAUGAGAUUGACAUGCUCUUUGACUGUCCGUCCAGGCUGGAGCUGGAAAGAGAAGACACAGAUUCCUUUGAGGAGCUGGAAGCAGAUGAGAAUGCUUUUCUGAUGGCUGAGGAAGAGGAGCUGAAGGAGGCGCAUCGGGCGCUGUCGUGGAGCUAUGACAUUCUCAGCAGCCAUUUUCGGGUGAACCCACUGGUCAAGAGUUUCUCCAGACUCCUUGUAGUGGGCCUGGGCCUGCUGCUCUUUGUAUUCCCCCUGCUCCUCCUCCUUUUGGAGUCAGGUAUUGAUCUCUCCUUCUUAUGUGAAAUCCGCCAGACGCCAGAGUUUGAGCAGUUUCACUAUGAGUACUACUGUCCUCUCAAGGAAUGGGUGGCUGGAAAAGUAAAACUCAUUCUCUACAUGCUGGGUUGCUCAUAAAGUUCGUUUCUCAUGUUACUAAGGGCUAUAUUCAAUACUAGUGAUUUUUUUUCCAGCAGAUGUCUGAUUCUGAAUGGCCACGGGGCCAUCAGCAGGCAUUUCUUUAUCCAUAACUGAUGAUUCCAACACUUAAGUUUGCUUUCCAUAAUCUGCUACACUUAAGUUUAAAUUAAAUACAGUUAUUUUAGUUACAUAUCAAGAAAAUGGCCUUUACGUAACCAAAAGUGAGUUAUAUUUUAUUACAGUACAGACAUACUCUUUAUUAUACAGUGUGCUUCAUUAAGCUGCAUUAGCUUUCCCUUUUUUUUAAUAACACCAUUACAAGCUAUAAGGUUCAGAAUCAGAGCUUUGGUAAAAACCCAAGAGAAAGCUUUUGAAUAUAAUCCUUAGUAAAAACAAUGUCCUCUAACCAAUGCCUAUACAACUAAAUUUAUGCUGGUUUUGAUUUUGUUUUUUUAAAAAUAUUUUUAUGUGUUUAAAAUAUUUUGGUAAAUUUUUAGCAAAAAAAAGAAAAAAAAGAAGCAUCCUGGAGUUAUUUAAGUGUAUAGAUUGUAAGAUUAAUGCACAAAGGGUAUAUUGGGAAUUUUUUAACAUUUUGGCACUGGUUGGUUUUUGAAAUAUUUCUUGGCUAAAUAAUUCCCCAAAUUUGUUUUCAGCUGCACAUGAGAUAGUGAGUCAGUAGAAAGAUACUUUAGUAAGUAAGCUCCCCAAGUGGAUGAUGGAACUGGAAAAUGUAGAAACAGAGCAUCAAGUGGACAUCAGGUGGCUCAUUUGUCAAAGUACUUGGACAAGAUGACUUGCUACUUUCAUUUGCAUCUGUCCAUAUAGGUUGAGUGGGGUAGCAGAACGCUUUUAGGGAAAUGAAACUUUAAAGAAGACAGUAAAAAUAUAUGCCAGUUAAUUGCAUAUUAUUGUAUAUAUUUAUUAACCAAAUAAAGGACGCAAUAGGAAUUGGACAAAUGGCAAGUAGCAAGAAAAGAUUUUGGAUGAGGCUAGCAGGCCAGUGGGUGGUUGGAAAACUCUCUUUUUAAAAUUAAAUUGAGGCAAGAUACUGGAUGAUGUUAGUGACAGUGAGGUCACUGUCGGGAUGGCAUGAAUAUAGUCUAGAUGGAUCAAGAUAAUCAGAAAUACAGUUAAGGCACAUUUUUGGUCCCUCAUUUUAUUCAUUGCGUUUCUAUUCAAGAUAUGUGCAUGUGUGAAAAGGGAGAGAGAAUGAAGGGGACAGGGAGUCUCUUUAUUAUGAGAACGGAGGCCUCUUACUAAGGCCUAUGAUCUUCUCUGUAGUGGGCACUAUACAGUAUACUAUACCCACUAAGUUUCUUAAGAUCUUAACGCAUAAGCUCAUAACUCGAGUCCAGGGAAUUCACUGGGUGAUACAGCAUUUCAGCUCAGGAAAAGUGAUAAAAUGACUCCCUAAACAGACAUUAUGGAGAAAUGCUCUCAUACUUUCCAUCAUACCAUUAUAGUCAUAACAGAAGUCUUUAUUGCUUCUAUGUGGACAACUGAUAAAUAUGGUGGUAUAAGGCAUCCUAAAAUCCAUACACUUUUCUUUCUCACAUAUACCACAGUAUUGAUUGACCCCAGUGUUUAGGGAGAAGGAUAGAGAAGGAAAAAUAUCAAAGGGAAAAGAAGAGAACAGAAAGUAAUGCAUUAACAGACUUCAGGGCUUCAGUUAUCCUGGUGAUAUGGAGAGUGGUUUCGCCAUAUAUCCCAAACCCAGACUCAGCAACACUGAAAAUGUGAGAUCUAAGCUGCAACCACUGAACUUUGUAAUGUGCCUGUCAAGUUGACAGGCGGAGAUGGAGUGGAGUGAGGGUUGGAGGAGGUGGGUAUGGGAACACUUGAGGAAAGUUGACACUGGUGGUGGGAUUGGUUUUGAAUUACUAUAUGCCUAAAACUCAAUUAUCAGUAACUUUUUAAAUCACAGUUCUUUAAUAUAAAAAUAGAAAGAAAAGAGUAUGGCACAUGGAGAGUCCUACAAGGAUUGAAAUGUUCCAUUGCCCGUGUUUCUCAAGAAGAUUGGGCUACCUGACAUCUAUCCUUUUCCUCUAUCAUCAGCACAAUUUGAAAAUUGGUCAUUCCAGUCGUACCCAAAGGAGCUGAGUGCUUGUGAAGUAUUUAGUUUUUCAAAAUAAAUUUUAACGGUCUACUCAUGAAGCCUUAAGUUGAGUGAACACUAAUGUACACGUGCUAUUAAGUUUGUGGUAUGUCUAGGGGCCAGAGAUUGUACAGGAGGCAGAAAUAGUGUGUGAGGCUGUCCAGAGCUCUGUUCCCAGCAUUUUAUGGGGUACCUAAGCCCACUGGCACUGAUCUCUGAGUAAGACCAGGAGUAAGUCCUGACCACCACUUUGUGUGCCCCCCAAACCAAAAAACAACAAAAAAAGAACUUUGUAGUGUUUUCAUUAAUUUUGCUUUUUAAUAAACUCAAUUUUGACAGUUCAUUUAGGAAGUUUCAAAUGGUCCCCUUUGAACUUAAAAGUCUUUUUAAUUCCCCUUUUUUAUGAUUUCUAAGUCAGGCUUCUGAUAUAAAGGUGCUCCAGUAUAGCUAUAUGAAAUUAAUACCUCUCCCAAUAAUAUUUCUUUAUUAUUUUUUAAAAGUUCUAUCCAUAGCAAAACAUCUAACCCUCACCUUUUAAAUUAUUAUUUUUAAAAUUUUAGACAUCAUUAUAAAUCUUUUGAAAAAUACUGAUAUAUCACAUACAGUCCACCUAUGUGUAUUUAUAUUAAGGACUAAUAAUAUAUGAUUUUAACACUUCCAGCUACAGUCUGUUUUCUCUUAGGCACAGAUUUAAUUGAAUAGAAAUGUCCUCAAAGUGAAGGAGUUGAAAGAACAAACAGCCUCUACCAUCCUGUUUUAAAAUCCUCAUUUACAGUCACCAAAAGUAAAACUGGGAUCCUACUGUGCCAUUUUAUUGAGAUAGAAUCAGAGUCUUUAAAAAUAUGUACUUAAUGGGAUGGGUCAGAGAUAAUACAGGGAAAUAGUACACUUGCCUUGCAUGUGGCCAGUCUGGGUUCAAUCUCAGACACUCCCUAUAGUCCCCAAGUACUGCCAGGGGUGAUUCCUGAUAGCAGAGCCAUGAGUAACUCCUGAGCGUUGCCAGGUGUAGCCCAAAAACCAACCAAAAGAAAGCAACAAAGAAAGUUUUGUUAGAAUACAGUUACUCAAAUACCUGCAUCGAAGGAGAAAGACUGCUUGCAAAGAGGGAGAGGUUAUAAUCUAGUGAAAUGCAGAGAUCUGAGCAAUUGUGUGAGUAUAUGUAUAUUCCAUAUUGUUGGUUUAUGUGUGCUUGUAUAUGAAUCUGUAUAUAUGUGGAUAUCUGCAUACACACAACUGAUAUGCCCUAAUACAUGGUGAUGUUAUUUUUUUCCAAUUGAGGAAUUUGUGACAUGUUACUGGUCCUUUCCAUCUCAGUGACCAUGGUGGAUAAAACCUACAGUUUCAAAGGCUCAAGUUUUCCGUAAAAACUAGUGUGUAUACUUGUGGUUAUUUAUACACAUACUUAUGGUUAAUACAUAUACACACACAAUCUUGCCUGUUAGUGCUAAUGGAAGUUAAAUCAUGAAGAAAAGUAGAUAGAGUAUUGUGUAUUUCUGUCUGUGCUUGAAACAUAUUGUAAAAUGUUAUGUAUUUGGAAUAUAUCUUAUGGCCUGUCUGAUUUUGCAAAGACAACUCUGGGAAGAAUUGAAAAUGAGUUCAUUUUAUUGAAAUAAUAGAGAUUUGGGGGCCAUGUUACCUGUGAUUGGAGCCUUAUCUUUGUAUAGUGAAAUUUGCAUUUCUCUGUCAACAUCCAGAUUGUUCUAUAUGUUAAUUGGGUGGCAGGAAUCCCUAAAUAAAAAUACUCUGGGGAAAAAUGUUUCUGCAAUCAUUUAGUUUUAUUUAAAGUUUCAUAAAUAGCCUAUUGUAAACUACAGAAAGAUUCCUUUUAAGAACCAUGAAAUGCAAUCACCCUUGAAUGGUGAUAAUGUGAAGAUGAAUCACAUGUCAUGGUGGAAUGAAUUUUUGCAGACAUUACUCAGGAUGAGAGGAAGAAUACCAAGUUCUGAGAAAACAUACCAAGACAUAGAAGAAAGUUAUUGUCUAAAUAAUAGCAUUAGGAUCUAUGAAGAAAUAGAAAGGCAUAGAGAAAUUGGAAGAGAGGUGUUUGGCGUUAGGGGCUCAGAGUGCAGGACAUUUCUUUCCAAAAUUGAGUGCCUUCCUGUGCCACAGAGAUCUACAUCAGAUUUAACUGUUAUGCUAACCCUAAAGUUUCUUCUAUUUAUACAUAGGUCCUUAAAAGAUCUUAUUAUUCUACUAUCCUCCCCCCACCCCCACUAUACUCAGGACAGCCUAAAAGGAUCUCUCUUUAGUUUGGUACAAGUAAUUAGCGUUUGUUGACUGAAGCAAAAGGGGCCCACAUUACUAAAUUAUACUCUAGCUGUGGUGGCCUGUUAAAACUUCCAAGUUCUUUUAUUAAGAUACAAUUAACAGGGCUGGAGAGAUAGUACAGCAGUUAGAGUGCUUGCCUUGCACUGGGCAAGCCUGGAUUUAUUCUCUAGUACCCCCUAUGGUCCCAAGUCCCACCAGGAGUGAUUCCUUAAAGACAGAGCUAAUCACUGGGUGUGCCCACCCCCAAAAUAAAAGUACAAUUUACAGAUAACAUUGCAUUUGCUUUAGCUGAUCUGUUAUCUGUAUAAAUUUCAAGAUGAUCAGUCAAUUUUCACCAUCUCAAUUAGUUACAUAUUUUUUUCUUGUCAUAAGAAUUUAUUUUGUUUUGGAGGCUUCCCCCUGUACUGAGGGAUCAAGUGUGCUAUCCUGGGAUUGAAUGCAAAGAGGCAUUACAGCUCAUUUAGCUAGAUCUCUGUGAACUUGUAGAAUCUCCUCAUCAACUUAACUUUUAAAAAUAACAUAGUACUUUUAAGUACAAUAACCAUGCUGUCAAUCAAAUCCCUAAGACUUAUUCACCUUGUAAUAAUAAAGUUUGUCACCGCUGACCACCUUCCCCCACUUUGUCCACUUCACAAAUGGGGAGGUUGUGGGAAAAUGAUUAAUUGGAUUAAUUCAAUCCUUAGUUAAAUCUAUCAAGUACUUAUUCAGCAGAUCUUAGAGGUCUUGGCUGUAGAUUAUAAGCAAGAAAAAGAGUUCAGAGGUCAGUGUUCAAGCACGAGGUGACUAUAGAUUUACAGUCUGAUAGGGUUCCAGCAAGUUCUUUUGUAAUAGCCAGUGUCUGUAGACUGGAAGACUCACAUAAAAUGGUCCUUGGUCACUUGCGUGUGAAUUGGUUCAGACUGUUGGCCCAGUAGGAAGAAACUGCUCUCCUAUUUCUAGAUUUCUUGCUCAGUCAGUGAAAGGACAGAUUUGUUGUACUUUAAAGAGAGGCAUGAUCUUAGCCAUAGUCUCUCCUAGAUGGACCGGGAGAGCCCAGCACCUGGGGGGUCUGGGGGUGGCUGUGGUUGGUGGACUUGAUGCUCUGGGCCCUCUUUCUCUACUGGGUGGAGACAAUGCACUGAAGGUCCCUGCUCACGUGUCCUCCUGCUUCUCUCUCUCUCUUUCUCUUGGACCUGCUAAUGGG